CUUACGGCUUCCUACCUGUCCUGACUCUCGCCUGAUAUUAGCUCCCUCCCCAGUCUGCUUUUUCCCUGAGUGUUUAGUUGAAAUUUAGACCCAGAAUUGAUCCCCUCGUCUCUCUCAUUUGGGGAAAGGUUUGGGGGAAAUUCAGCUUUCUUUGUUUGAUCUCUCCGUCACUCACUUUUGUUUGUUCCCCCCUUUCUUCCAUUCCUCUCUCUGAGGUUCCCUUUUUCUUGGCAAAGGGAGUGACCUGUGUCUGGUUUCUCUCUCUAUCCUAGCAGAUGAUGGGAUGGUGAAUGAGGAGGAGAAUCCUCAACGAGACAAUGCUGAGCAAGUAAAAGCACAUGGGACAUUCUCAGAAAGAUCCAAAGGGAAUGUUUCCUGGAGUUGUGCACAGGCAAACGACUGUGAGAGUCAGCACAGACCAGGGGAAAAGUUCAGUAGAGGCUCAGACCUUAUUAGACAUGAGAGAAUCAACACAGGAGAAACACCGUACAUCUGCCUGGAGUGUGGGAAAACCUUCAAACAUAACAAUGUCUUUAUCAUACAUCAGAGAAUCCACACUGGAGAGAGACCAUACACAUGCCCCGAGUGUGGGAAAAGCUUCAGUCGCAGCUCAAACCUUACCACACAUCACAGAAUCCACACAGGGGAGAAACCCCACACUUGUCAUGAGUGUGGGAAAAGCUUCAUUCGGAGCUCAGAGCUUAUGUUACAUAGGAGAAUCCACACAGGAGAAAGACCCUACACUUGCUGUGAGUGCGGGAAAAGCUUCAUUCGGAGCUCAGAGCUUAAUAAGCACCAGAGAAUCCACACUGGAGAGAGACCCUUCAGAUGUACUGAGUGCGGGAAAGGCUUCAAUAAUAGGUCUCAGCUUGUCACACAUCAGAGAAUCCACACAGGAGAGAGACCCUACUCAUGCCUUGAGUGUGGGAAAGGCUUCACUUCUAGCUCACAUCUUGUCUCGCAUCAGCGAAUCCACACAGGAGAGAAACCCUAUUCAUGCCCUGAGUGCGGGAAAAGCUUCGUUUCUAACUCACAGGUGGUCUCACAUCGGAAAAUCCACACAGGAGAGAGAUCCUAUUCAUGCCCUGAGUGUGGGAAAAGC